UCGGGCCCAAUUAAUAAAAUCGUUUCAUACUCGCAACCCAAAACCCUACUCUUAAACCUCUGAACCACCGCUCAAAGUUGCCAUUCUCGUUUUCCACCACCGCUUUCCGACCACAUUCCGGCAGUCAGCGUCUGCUGCACCGGUGAUUCCGUCGGAAAACUAGGGCUGAAUCAUGAAAGGAAGGAACCUAAAUAAGAAGAGGCCAUCUGCUCAGGAACCUAAGCGAAAUAGCAAGAAGAAGUUUUCCUCCAACGACCACGAUUCGUCGUUCUUCGAUGGGGCCGAGCAGAAACGGCGUCGUAAGUUCAACGGCGACGAAAUUAUUGUGAGCAGCGAUGACGAUGAAAGAGAGUUCGGAUCAGAAGGUGAGAGAGUGGAGGAGGAGAAGGAGGAGGAGAUAGAGGAGACGCCGGCGGAGACGAAGAAGCGACACGCUGAGGCGUUGCUGAAGAGGCUUAGGGAAAAGGAGAGAGAGAAAGAAGAAGAAGAUGAUGAAAUGGAAGAGGAUGAUGAAGAGCGGCGGAGGCAGAGAGAAGGGGAGAGAGAUUCACUUAUUGCAAAGAAUUUACAGCAAAACCAGCUCGAAGAUAGCGGCCGUCUCCGUAGAGCCAUUGCAUCUAGGGUUCAAAAGCCAGAAACAGAUGAAGGAUUUCGAGUUAUAGUAAAACACAGGCAAACCGUCACUUGUGUGGCUCUAUCUGAUGACGAGUCCAGAGGAUUUUCAGCUUCUAAGGACGGUGCCAUACUGCAUUGGGAUAUUGAAAGUGGGAAGAAGGAAAAGUAUAAUUGGCCGUCCGACGAGGUUUUGAAGUCUCAUGGUGUGAAGGACCCUCUGGGUAAAGCGACUAAGCACAGUAAACAUGUUCUUGCAUUGGCUGUUAGCUCUGACGGUAGAUAUUUGGCUAGUGGAGGCCUAGAUCGCCAUGUUCAUCUUUGGGACGUUCGGACACGCGAGCAUAUUCGGGCCUUUCCGGGACAUAAAGGACCUGUCUCAUGCUUAACAUUUAGGCAAGGGACUGCAGAACUAUUCUCUGGUUCGUUUGACCGUUCUGUCAAGAUUUGGAAUGCAGAUGAUAGAACUUAUAUAAGCACAUUAUUCGGUCACCAGAGUGAAGUGUUAACCAUUGACAGCUUGAGAAAAGAACGCGUUUUGACUGUUGGUCGUGACCGUACCAUGCAUUUAUGGAAGGUUCCAGAGGAAUCCCAAUUAGUAUUUCGAGCACCUGCAUCUUCACUGGAAUCUUGUUGCUUUAUCAGUAACGACGAGUUCUUGUCUGGUUCUGAUGAUGGAAGCAUCGAGCUCUGGAAUUUACUACGCAAGAAGCCUGUCCAUAUUGUAAAAAAUGCACAUGCCUCGUUUAGUGAGGACAAGAUCGAAAAGAUUAAUCAUGAAGGACUAUCGAAUGGUCACAAAGAAAAUGAUGCCCAAGAUUCGUCUAGGCUUGGUUCAACAGCUCUUUCGUGGGUCAACUCAGUUGCUAUGUGUAGAGGAAGUGAUCUUGCUGCUUCAGGAGCUGGAAAUGGUUCCGUGCGUCUUUGGGCAAUUGAAAAUGAAUCCAAAGGCGUUCGUCCUUUAUUUGAGCUCCCAGUGGUUGGAUUCGUAAAUUCGCUGGCCAUUGCAAAAUCUGGGAAGUUCUUGAUUGCUGGGGUUGGACAGGAACACCGGUUAGGAAGGUGGGGCCGAGUUGCUGCUGCUAAAAACGGAGUUGCACUACACCCACUCAACCUGUCAUAACACUCUUGUUCCGAUUAUUCGUCCUCAACAAUUGCAGAGGAUUGUAAAAGAAAAGUGGCAUUUCAGAGAAAAGGAGCAAACUCCUAUUAAUCUAUCUGACAAAAAGUCAAGUUUCUCUGAUGUUGCCUCCCAAAAUUUUGUUGCCUAAGUGUACGAAGUAAUUAUCCAAACACGUAUAUGAGUUCGAGUUUCGAAAUGGUUACCGGCUUUGAAGCAGUUUACCGGCGUUACAGAAAUUCUUAUGCUUAAGACAAUAGUUUCUCUUCUCUUAAUAGAACUUUGCCCUCUUUAUUGCAGUUUUGGUUAUUGUAAGUCAAUAUUGUAGCAUCAUUAUUCUUUUUAGUGGCAGUUUGUUUCCUUUCUGGUAUUGAAUUUUGUGGUUUGGUGAUUAUGUUUUGUAAUUUGCUAAUUCGAUUUAAAAUGAAAGAAAUUUUGAAUCUUUA